AGGAGCUACCACAUCUUCUAUCAGCUGAUGACCGGCCACAAACCCGAGCUCUUGGACGCUCUCCUGAUCACCACCAAUCCAUUUGACUAUCCCAUGAUCAGUCAGGGUGAAAUCACCGUCAAGAGUAUAGAUGACGUUGAAGAGUUUAUUGCAACUGAUACUGCCAUCGACAUCCUGGGCUUCACUGCUGAUGAGAAGAUGAGCAUUUACAAGCUGACUGGAUCUGUGAUGCAUCACGGAGGCAUGAAGUUCAAGCAGAAGCAGCGUGAAGAGCAGGCCGAGCCCGAUGGCACUGAGGUCGCCGAUAAAAUCGCCUACCUCAUGGGCCUGAACUCAGCUGACAUCCUGAAGGCUCUGUGCUACCCAAGGGUCAAAGUCGGAAAUGAAUUUGUGACUAAAAGCCAGACCGUGCCUCAGGUGAACAAUAAUGUCAGUGCUCUCUGCAAGUCUGUCUAUGAGAAGAUGUUCUUGUGGAUGGUCAUCAGAAUCAAUGAGAUGCUGGCCACCAAGCAGUCCAGACAGUUCUACAUUGGUGUCCUGGAUAUUGCCGGGUUUGAAAUCUUCGAUUUCAAUAGCUUGGAGCAGCUGUGCAUCAACUUCACCAAUGAGAAGCUGCAACAGUUUUUCAACCACCACAUGUUUGUUCUGGAGCAAGAAGAGUACAAGAAAGAGGGAAUUGAAUGGGAGUUCAUUGACUUUGGUAUGGACUUGGCUGCCUGCAUUGAGCUGAUUGAAAAGCCAAUGGGAAUCUUCUCCAUCCUUGAAGAGGAGUGCAUGUUCCCCAAGGCAUCAGAUAUCACCUUCAAGAACAAACUGUACGACCAGCAUCUUGGUAAAACCAAGGCUUUUGAGAAACCCAAACCUGCCAAAGGCAAAGCUGAGGCUCACUUUGCUCUGUUACACUAUGCCGGCACUGUCGACUACAACGUCACCGGAUGGCUGGAAAAGAACAAAGACCCCCUG